AUGGCCCCCAGCGUCCGCGACUGGCCUCGCCGCCAACGCCAUAAUCUCCUCAAGGGCCCCACCGCCACUAUCGAGCUUGACGCAGGCGAGGGAAAGCCGCGCCUCGUUCUGUCGGUCCCGCGCGCGGCGCUCAUGGCCUUUUCGACGGUCGCGGCCGAUCUACUGGCGGACGAGCAGUACACCAACGUGCUCCUUCUACAAGGCAUGGCGGCGCCGGCCGCGCUGCGCUAUGUCGUCGAGUGGAUCCCGCGCACGUGCGACAGCGCCGACUUCAUGCCCAUCAAGCGCAAGGAAAGCUUCGAGCAAAACGUCCGCAUCUACCAGGCGGCCCUCUCGCUCGGCGUGACCGAGGCCCUCACCACCAUCGGCGGCUGGCUCAACUUGUGCGUCUCCGACUUCGAGAAGUAG